AUGUCAUACGACGAGCAGGACCAGACGGCCGAGGUGAUCGAGGACUACCAGAGCGCCCUGGAUGGCUUGACUAUGAACUCUCGGUUCGAGAUCACGAACCUGACCCAGAUUGCAAGAGAUUUGACCAACUAUGCCUUCCCAAUCGCAGAGACCCUGGAGCAGCACAUUAAGAAAGUGCCCCCGCAGAGGAAGCUCCCAGCCAUGUACGUCUUGGACUCGAUCGUCAAGAACAUUGGCACCCCUUACACUUUAUUCUUUGGCAAGAAUCUGUACUCGACAUUCAUGGACUCGUAUGCCUCGGUCAACGACAGCACCCGCAGGAAAAUGGAGGAGAUGUUGAAGACCUGGAAGGAGCCCGUCCCUGGGUCCAUUGACAAGAACCCCGUCUUUCCACCCGAUGUGGUUCGCCCGAUCGAAAAUGCCUUGAUCAAAGCCAGGACCUCGGCCCUCCAUGCUCACCAGGAGCAAAUGCGGACCCAACAUCAGCUUUUCGGCAGAGGGGGACGACAGGUUGCGCCCCAUCGCAACACGCCGACUCCUCCUAAUGCGCGCCAGCAGUUUAAUCAGCCACAACCACCUCAUGCCGGGGUCAAUGGCCAUCGACCAGAAUCAGCUCUCGGCCAGCCAGCAUACCCCCAGCAACCACCUGCUCAUUACCCUGGGCCAACACCGCAGCCGCUCAUGUCGACCCCGGCCGCGGCACCUUUCCAACCACCAUCCUUUGGUUCCUACGGUGCCCCUGCUGCUCAACCUGGAAUAAGCAUAGAUUCCUUGAUUAAUGAAAUCGAGCAACUCGUCGUUGCCGCCAGAGCUGAACUUGGGAGGUCGCCGUAUGAUACUAGUAUACAAACGGAGCUGAAGGCGCUGUUGGAUCUGCAGACGGUUCUGAAGACUCGCGGGGCAAUGCUGUCGCAAGAGCAGUUGGUGCCUGUGAAGACUCAAGUAGCUAAUCUUGCCGUAAAAUACCGGGCCUCAAAUGCCCACCAGACUGUCACUCCUACACCCCCCAUCCACGGAACCCCUUUCCAUGCCCCUAUACAGCACCCGCCUCAACAAAUAGCACCAGUAGCCCCUGCGCCGCCUGCUUCGGCUCCACCGGGUUCUGUGUCUCUUGACGCGCUGCUCGGUAAGGGUGCUCUGGCUGCGCUGCUGAGCCGGCGGUCUGCCACGCCUCAGGCCCCAACACCUCAACCGCAACCGCUACCACAGCCGGCGGCUGUUGCUGCUCUGCGGUCUCCUACUCCUCAGAGAGCCGAACCGCAGAAACCCGCCACUCCUGAUCCGAUGGCAUUAUUGGGUGCGUUGCGUGGUGUUGGUCUCCUACCACCCACACCGCAGCCUGGUGGAACGCCAGCGAGCAACCCACCUGGACCUCCACCCCAAGCCGCAGCUGCAGCAGGCACGGCUCCUGUUUCGACACCUAAUCCUGCGGCUGGGGGGAUCUCGUUGCCGCCAAACCUUGCCAGCAUCCUCGCGUCAGCCCGCAGUCUGGCGGCAUCGUCAAUGCCACCGCCGGUCAUCAUCACGAGCGGCGACAUCAGUUUGACGACAUCUUCACUGGAACAGUUCCGACCACAUCUUAUCCCCACCAUAUACGAGGCACUAGGCCCCCCGUGCACACAGUGUGGGAGACGCUUCAAGACAGAUGAGGAGGGGAGGAGAAAGAAGACGGCUCACAUGGACUGGCACUUCCGGGUUCAUCAAAGGAUCGUCGAAGCAGAGAAGAGAGGCCAGCAUCGUAGUUGGUACGUUGACCAGGCGGACUGGAUAAAAUCCCGUGAGACAGUCGACGACAACCAAGCCGACGCGGACGCCGACGCAGCCAACAAUGCGGCCGCCUCCUCAGCUGCCAAGUCAUCUGGCCCGAAGAUCCAGUACAUACCCGUCCCCGAGGACGGAGACAACACCAACACCGUCUGCCCAAUCUGCCAGGAGAAGUUUGUCACCAAGUGGCUCGACGAGGCACAGGAGUGGGUGUGGACGGACGCCACGAGGGUGGGCGGCCGGGCAUACCAUGCGAGCUGCUACGCCGAGGUGACCAAGGAUGGGGGCGGUGGUGCCACGUCGACACCUGACCCCGUCUUGGGGAAGAGGAAGGCUGAGGGUGAGAUGGGCAAUCUUAGGGCAGGUCGCCUCAAGAUGGAUGCAUGA